AUGGCGUUAAAUGGAUGUUCGAAUGGUUUAGUGGUAACAGCGGUAGUUGCGUUACUGCUGUUGCCGGUACAGUACUAUGUACCAGAUUUGUAUUUAGGUACAGAGGACCCUUUAGCGCACUCGGAAGAGCCGGAAAGUACCCUUACCGGCUUCACUUGGUUUGAUUUGGCGGGGUUAAAGUUGCCACCGCUUGACCUACUUGUCACAGUCACGCUCGUGUUUCUUGGUUUCUUCACAUAUCUUUGCGAGUGGAUACAGAGAAAACUGAUGGAAAGAAGAAUUAUUAAGUUAAACCAAUACUUAGGCGCCAGCCUGGAGCGAUUGCGUGCGUGGGACGAACAGCAAGAGCAGCAAGAGGCGACGCUGAAGAUGGUGCAGAACGCGACUUCAGAGUACAACCUGCUUCUGUACCUGCUGCUGCGCCAGCACCGUUGCCUCGCCAGCCACAACGAGACGCCCUCCAACUGCUAUUUUGACAAGAGUCUCGACGACGAUCUCACUUUUUUAAGAAAUCUUCAACUCGACUCGUAA